CCAGCAUAUAACCAACACAAUGACUUACGACCCGCACGACUGCGACCGGCCUCCGGUGCCAAACAAGCCCACCCAAGAGCUGGUGCUCUGCUUCGAUGGCACAGGAAAUACCUUCCGUGUUGACGGGGGAGAGAGCAACAUUCUCAAGAUUUUUCGAAUGUUGGACCGGAGCAAAGAGAAUCGAUACUGUUACUACCAACCCGGCAUCGGCACAGACAUCACUCCCGGCACCUUCGCCAACCUGGCCAUCCGCCCGUUCAGCACCCUCCCAGCCAGCAAAGUGAUCGACCAAGCCCUGGCGACUUCCUUCGACCAACACGUCAUUGGCGGCUAUCGCUUCCUGGCGCGCCGCUGGCGGCCGGGCUCGCACAUCUACCUCUUCGGCUUCAGUCGCGGGGCAUACACCGCGCGGUUCCUGAACGAGAUGCUGGACUUCGUGGGGCUGAUCUCGGCGGACAACGAAGAACUGAUCCCAUUCGUGUGGCAAGCGUUCCUGUCGUGGAAGUACGCGCACGGCGACGCGGAAGCCGCGCAGGCCGACAACUUCCUGCGGCUAUGUCGCGACACGAUGUGCCGGUCGGUCGGGCUCGUGCACUUUCUGGGGUUAUUCGACACGGUCAACAGCGUAGCGGAGUUCAACAAGGACGUGCUCAAGGACAUGGAGACGAUGCCCCGGCCGCGGUACAUGCGCCACGCGGUCAGCAUCGACGAGAAGCGCAUCAAGUUCCAGCCGGUGCUGUUUGAGCGGUUGCGCGGCGCGCACGCCAAGAAAGGACGAGUGAGUACCUGGGCGGAGCGCGCCGAGCAGCACUUCUGGGGCGUGCCGCUGUCCCCCGUGCUGGAUACGGACUUCGAGGAGGUGUACUUUGCGGGUGACCACAGUGAUGUCGGCGGCGGGCAUCCGCCGCUCGUGGAGGUGGGCGGGGCCGAGAUGGGCGCCAGGGGAUGGCCGGUCAGCCAGAUUCCGCUGAUGUGGAUGGUGCAGGAGGCGACGCACGUCGGGUUGACCUUUGAUCCUGUGCAGUUGCACGAGCUGGGCUGCUACAUGGUGCCUGUUCAGACCUCGGUGCCCAUUCCGGCUCCUGGUUCCGGUUUGAUGGCCGGAUCGUCUUCCUCGUCGACGUCGGCCGUGGAAGGACGGCUGCUGGAGGUGGACGGAGAAGAGGUGCAGUUCGAUCCGGCUAUCGUCGCCAUGGCGGAACGCGCGCCCCUGCAUGACUCCUUGGAGUAUGACUCCGGCAAGGGCAUCGAGACGAUGUUCUGGCGGCUCUUGGAGUGUUUGCCGAUGAAACGACCCAAGGUGAACCGCGAUGGCUCGGUGAAACAAACACGGUGGCAUGUCGGGGGUCUGCGCAGACCGUUGCCCGACGGGGCGCGCAUCCAUGCCAGUGUCAUUCAUCGACUGCAGCAGGACCCCGAGUACCGGCCGUAUAACCUGGGACUGGGCCAUAAGCGUCUGGCUACCGACAAGGUGGAGAGGCGGGAUAUCGGACAGUGGCGGAGGGUGCAGCAUGGGGGCCUAUGCGAUUAUUAUAUCCGUGUGCCAGGCACGGCGAGCAGUGCCGGGGCGGGGGGAUCGCGGUGCGCGUCAAGGAAGAGCACGGCAUAGUGGGA